UGUCCCUGUCAGCGUGUAACUCGACACAGUCCUGCGUUUUCCCCUUUGAGGGAGCUGAUCACUCAGUGUGACAGUCUGACAGUGCUGAUACCUGCCUGCUGCACCAUGAGGGCUAAAGCUUCAGACAUGCACAGCAAGGACUGUGUCAAAGUGGCCGUCAGAGUCCGACCGUUCAACAAGAGAGAGAGGGAUGCAGGCAGUCGGUGUAUUGUCUCCAUGGUGUCAAGCUCCAUCACUAUCCAUGACCCGCGUGAAUCCCAGAGCCGCCGUUCGUUUUGUUUUGACUACGCCUACUGGUCCCACAGUGGCUUCGCACAAGACCGCAGUGGCCUCUUUGUGCCUGAAGAGCCCGGGGGACGAUACGCUGACCAGGACAGUGUUUUCCAGGACCUGGGAGAGGGAAUUCUGGAGAAUGCACUGCAGGGUUACAAUGCCACACUGUUGGCCUAUGGCCAGACCGGCUCAGGGAAGAGUUACUCAAUGGUGGGCUAUGGGCCUAACAAAGGCCUGGUUCCUAAACUCUGUGAGCGGCUGUUUCAGGCCAUCAGAGAAAACCAGGAGACCAGACAGUGUCAGGUGUUUUUCAGUAUGUUGGAAAUCUAUAAUGAGCAGGUGGUUGACCUGCUGUCUCGGGGGUCUCGUACUCCGGGGGGACUCAGAGUCAGAGAGGAGCAGCAAAGAGGUUUCUAUGUGGAGGGUCUCCGAACAGUCCCGUGUGAGAGUGCACCACAGGUGGAGCAGUUGAUGGAUCAGGGGACCAGGACCCGAACCACUGCUGCCACACACAUGAAUGCCAAUAGCAGUCGUUCACACAUGCUCAUCAUCCUCCAGCUCAAACAGAUCUUUUCCAAAGAGAGCAUCACAAAGCAGUCCAACAUUAACUUGGUAGACCUGGCUGGCAGUGAGCGGCAGCGGUCGUCAGGGUCGGAGGCUGACAGACUGAAAGAGGGCACAGCCAUCAACUUGAGCCUCACCACUCUGGGCAAUGUCAUCAGCUCCCUCGCUGAUGUGGCGGUUGGGAAGAAGGUUGUCCAUAUACCCUACAGAGACUCAGUUCUCACCAAGCUGCUGCAGUCUGCACUGGGAGGCAACAGCCGCACUGUUAUGAUUGCCACGCUGAGUCCUGCUGAUAUCUGCUAUGAGGAGUCUCUCUCCACCCUGCGUUAUGCUGAGAGGGCAAAGCGUAUUCAGAACCGAGCAGUGGUGAACGAGAGCCCCACUGAGCGUCUGGUCAAAGAGCUGAAGGCAGAGAAUGCCAGGCUGCUGCAACGACUGAGCCGGCUGGGCCAGGAGGGACGCAGAGCCAACGACGAGACCAAGGAGCUUCGUCAGCUGCUGACCCACAAUGAGCUCCAGAUCCGAGCCAUUCAGACUCUGUGGGAACAACACCUGCAGGAGGCGCUGAAGGACUGGGAGCAGCAGUACGCGAACAUCACACAGGAGAGGAGGAUGAUGCAGAUGCAUCCCUACAUCCUGAACAUCAAUGAGGACGCUCAGCUGUCCGGCGUGGUCAAGCUUUUCAUUCAGGAGGGUGAAUGGGACAUCGGCCUGUGUGACUCUUCCCCAAGAUCCAUCUCUGUCAAGGGCUUAGGGAUCCAGGAGCGUCAUGCUGUGUUCAGGAACGAACAACGCCGGGUAACACUGACCCCGCUCGCAGGGUCAAAGGUUAUUAUCAAUGGCAAUACUGUUUCCCAGACAACUGAGCUGCAGCACCUGGACCGUCUCAUUCUCGGUUCCAACUGUACCUAUCUGUUCAUUGGUUAUCCCUCUGAAAGGGGUGGGGACGACUGGAGCCGCUAUGACUAUGACUACUUCCAAUCUGAGCUGGCUGCUGCUGAGGGCAUCCACCUGGGUGAGUCGAGUGCUGGGUCCAGUCAGACAGACCCCAGUCUGCUGGCCGUCUUCUACGACUACAUCAAACUGAUGCCCAUGGUGGCUGAGGCCAACCAGAUGAGCCAGGAACUGAACAAGGGGGUUGAGUUUAAGUUGGAGAUCAAGAAUCUGGCGCUGUCAGAUUCAAAAGGCCACGACCUGGAGAAGGAGAUUGUUGUCAGAGUCACCACUAUGGGAAAAAAACAGGUAUGGAUGUGGUCCAAGGUCAAGUUUGUGAACCGUAAAUUCCUGAUGGAAGAGGUCUACCAGCAGCAUCAGGUUGAGACAAGUGGAGAAAAUAGAGUAGAGGGGCUGUCUAAAGCCGCGCUACCCAGAGAUAAAGAUCCCUUCUGGGAUCCUGUGGAGCCUCUGCUUCUGGGCACUGCUCACCUCUGGCUUCAGUCUUUGGCCUUCCGCAUCCCUCUGGAAGAGCAACUUGAGGUGCUGGGGUCAGAGGGAACGGAGGAGGCCAUUCUACAAGCACAGUUGGUCCCCUGCACCUCCACGGGACUGCCUCUGGGUGAGGAUGACAUUCUGAUCGACCCAUCUGAGUUACUGGGCCGACGACUGGACUUCCAGCUGGUCCUGGAGCAGUGCUGUGGCCUCCGCUGGAUCAGAGAGGCCCGCAAUAGAGGGGUCCAAAUUGGUUUCAGGUUGUUUGACUGCAGACAGCCUCUCUACACUCCAGCUGUGUGGCACAACGUCAAUCCUCUGUUGGAUCACAGAGUUCAUUUUGCCUCCCUCCAGACCUCCCAACGUCUGCUCGACUACCUGCAGAGCAGCGCUGUAGUGCUGGAGCUCUGGGGCCUUCAGGAGGGUUGUACUGACUUGUUAUCAUCUCUGGAGGGAGUGAGGAUGACUACGGAAGGCGUCUUUAUUAUCGAGGAGGCUGGCUCAACAGACAUUGGGCCUGUAGAUUCUACAGACCUCAGCUGUUCAGUGAGAGCACUUCAACAAGACUUGGAAGAACUCAGAAGUGUUAAUGCUUCACUGAGAAAAGAAAAUCAUAGUCUGAGAGAACAACUCAACACAGCCAGGAAUGGUGGAGAGAGUGUGCGUGGUCGGUCAGUGCGUCCCAGCUGUGAUGCAGAAUUUGCUCGUUCUCUCAAGGUUUUCUACCACAGCAUGACCUCAGUCAGGGGUCAGCUGCAGCGCCUGCGCAGACACAGGCCCAGUGAGGACUCUGACCUGCUCGGGCUCAGGCUGUUUGUGGACGAGCAGAGUCGCCUGCUGAGGGGCUUCUCGGAGCAGCUGGAACAGAGCGUCUCCACGCUCAAACAAGACGUGGCCGCCAUCGUCCGCCGGAAACGAGAACGAUCGGGAAUCUGGUCCUGACUGAGUAACUGUUAGCCAAUUUUCCCAAAGGAUUAAGAAGGCAAAUGGCUGGUCCUGGUGGAGAAGGCUGAAGAUACUGCCAUUUAUAAGUAGCUGUUUCCAAAGUUUGAAUUAUUGCUUUCUAUGAUUGUGCUGAUUCUAAAACCACAACUUUAUGCCAUUGGUGAAACCUGUGGUCACUAAACUGAACUUUUACAUGUUGACGUUUGCAAGAGCCACUACAGCUACAAAUGAAUCAUUUAAUGAAGGAGAUGCAGUUAGUUUUUCUGUAAAAGGGGAUGGUAUUCAGAUGUCGUAACCACUACAGCAUCACCUGGGGUGGUAGGAAGAUUAGUCAGAAAGAAUAAAUACAGAAUAACAGUGUGAACAGAAUAGCAAAAUCACCGAAGUCUGUAAAAAGUUUAUUAGACUGCAUGUAAAAGAAAUAAUUACAGUUCCAAACUGCAAAUAAAUUAAAAGGCAAAUACAACUCAAGUUUCAGAAUUCACAAUAUUAUAUUUUUGAACCAUCAUUAAUAAUGUGGCAUAUUUUCAAGCUACUGCUGUUCACUCUGAAGCUGUAACACAGUAUGAAAUCAGAAACCUUCUUCCUCAUGUCUCACUGUGGGGGACUAAUACUAAUCAUUACAGACUUAGGUGAACUAACAAGAAUGAGAUAUUUAACAGCUGAAAAGGAGAGAUCAAUGACAGUGUUUAGCGCAUCUCUCAUUGUAAUGUCAGAUUCAGAGGUAAAAGCACAACGGUUAAUGUUUGUAAGAAGUCGCGAAUUGUACAGAGUACAGAACAGACAGUUGCUGUAGGUCCAAAAAAAGAUCAGCGUGGGCACAUUUACAGGAGGAGAGGCAGAAGGCAGAUGUGAGGCAGAUUAGUCAUCAGAUAGGAUGGAAAAUCUAUUUACAACAGAUAUGUAGGCAGACAAGUUGACAGUAAGGAGGUGGUCAUGGUGAGAAAUAUAACACAGGUGUAGACAGAGAGGCAGCAGUGAAAGGCAGAGAGUUAAUUAGGUACAUCUGAACUCAAGAGGUAGACUAGAAAAACACAAAGCUAACUGCGGGAAGGAUAGACGGACAGCCACGGAUAUCCUACUGUUAUGUAAGGUCUGUGUGUGCAUGCUUGACAUUUUAACUCAAUAAAGUCAAUUAAGGUA